GGGGUCAGAAUCGAGGGAAUUAAUGGUUCCUAGCGAACGUUGCUCGCGCUCGCCGCCACCGGAACUUGUUCUGAUUCGCUGGCUUCGUCGGGAGGCACGGAACCCUUUUUGGCAGGGAACCACUUCCCGAAGCGCGAGGCAGGAAGUUAUCCUUUACCUCUGGUGUCUACCGAGGAGGGUGCCCGCUGCAGUGUCAGCGGAGACCUAGUGGCAGGUGGGACGGGCGGGAGGGCGUUCGAGUCCCCGCUGCAGUUAAGAGCCAGACUCCGUCGCAGCGCCACGGCACGCUCCGCCAGCCUCGAGCCGGGUGCGGCUGCACGGGGAGCUCUUGCCGGCUCCCUGAAGUUGCUCCUGCGGGCAGCGACCCAGGCUUCGCCUGGGCCACCUGCCAGGGAUCUGGCUCCCUGCUGCAAAACAGCGACCUGUCUCGCCGCGUCCGCCUUCCCGGCGUUAAACCACCGUGACCCUGGUCCAGAGAGACUGACUGCCUUGGACCUGGGACUAGACUGAUCAAAACGCCAGCCUCAGGCCCCCACCACACCGGGCUCUGCGUCGUCUCUUGAUAUGUCACCGACCAUCUCCCACAAGGACAGCAGUCGGCAGCGGCGGUCAGGCAUGUUCAGCCACGCUCUGGAUAUGAAGAGUGGCCCGCUGCCACCGGGCGGCUGGGAUGACAGUCGCCGAGACUCGGUGGGCGGGGAAGGGGACCGGGAAGUUCUUCUAGGGGAUGCCGGCCCUGGUGACUUCCCAAAAGCCCCGCGGAGCUAUAGAUCCGAACUAAGUAGCAUUUUGUUACUACUCUUUCUUUACGUGCUUCAGGGCAUUCCCUUAGGCCUGGCGGGGAGCAUCCCCCUCAUUUUGCAGAGCAAAAAUGUUAGCUAUACAGAUCAGGCCUUUUUCAGUUUUGUCUUCUGGCCAUUCAGUCUUAAGUUGCUCUGGGCUCCCUUGGUUGAUGCCGUCUACUUUAAGAACUUCGGUCGUCGCAAGUCCUGGCUUGUCCCUACUCAGUAUACACUAGGAAUCUUCAUGAUAUAUUUAUCCACUCAAGUGGACCGUUUGCUCGGAAAUAUUGAUGGCAGAACACCGGAUGUGGUUGCUCUCACUGUGACAUUCUUCUUGUUUGAAUUCCUGGCUGCCACACAGGACAUCGCUGUGGACGGUUGGGCAUUAACUAUGUUAUCCCGGGAAAACGUGGGCUAUGCUUCGACAUGCAAUUCUGUGGGCCAAACAGCUGGCUACUUUUUGGGCAAUGUUUUGUUUUUGGCUCUUGAGUCUGCUGACUUUUGUAACAAAUAUUUGCGGUUUCAGCCUCAACCCAGGGGAAUCGUUACCCUUUCAGAUUUUCUAUUUUUCUGGGGAACUGUAUUUUUAAUAACAACAACAUUAGUAGCCCUUCUGAAAAAAGAAAACAGAGAAGCGUCAAUAGUAAAAGAAGAGACACAAGGGAUCACAGACACUUACAAGCUGCUGUUCUCAAUUAUAAAAAUGCCAGCAGUUCUGGCAUUUUGCCUUCUGAUUCUAACUUCAAAGAUUGGCUUCUCAGCAGCCGAUGCCGUGACAGGCCUGAAGCUGGUAGAAGAAGGAGUGCCUAAAGAGCACCUGGCCUUACUGGCUGUCCCAAUGGUCCCUCUGCAGAUAAUCCUGCCACUCCUCAUCAGCAAGUACACUGCAGGUCCCCAGCCUCUGAACAUAUUUUACAAAGCCAUGCCCUACCGAUUAUUGCUUGGAUUAGAAUAUGCCCUACUUGUUUGGUGGACUCCUAAAGUAGAGCAUCAAGGAGGAUUUCCUAUAUAUUACUAUAUUAUAGUGCUGCUGAGUUAUGCAUUACAUCAGGUCACUCUGUACAGCAUGUAUGUGUCGAUAAUGGCUUUCAAUGCCAAGGUCAGUGAUCCUCUUAUUGGGGGAACAUACAUGACCCUUUUAAAUACUGUGUCUAAUCUGGGAGGAAACUGGCCUUCUACAGUGGCUCUUUGGCUAGUGGAUCCCCUCACAGUGAAGGAGUGUGUAGGAGCUUCAAACCAGAAUUGCCGGACACCUGAUGCUAUCGAACUUUGCAAAAAACUUGGAGGCUCGUGUGUUACAGCUUUGGAUGGUUAUUAUGUGGAAUCCAUUAUCUGUGUUCUCAUUGGAUUUGGUUGGUGGUUCUUUCUUGGUCCAAAAUUUAAAAAGUUACAGGAUGAAGGACCAUCCUCAUGGAAGUGCAAAAGGAACAACUGAUGCCAACAUUACUGGACAUUCUUGAAGGUAACUGUAGCUUAGUUUUACCAAGAAAGCAAUGAUAAUCAGUGUAUAGGAGUGUAAAAUAUCGUUUUAGGAAAUUUUUAAUUUAAAAUGCCAAAUAGUUGAAAAAUGCAGAUUUAUUUGUAUGUUUGAUUAUAUUUUCCUCUGCCUUAUCAACGUAUUUAAAGUUUACUUAAGGCUAGGAAACAACCCUUUUGGUUUAAUUACUUGAUUUCUGUUAAUUUACUGACCAAAGCAUAUUUUAAGCUGCAGUGGAAUAGUCAUGGGUGGUCACCAUGCUGUCAAGUAUUGUUAGUGCCUGUCAUUGAGUCGUAUUUAACAUUUUGGUACAGUGUAUCAAGUGGAGCAAAGCUUAAUAUUCAGGUACUCACUAACUAGUUUAACCUUAUUGGAAGUUAAUUCUCACUUUGAAUUGUAAAUUUGUAAAAAUGUAUGUGGAAUUUAAUUGAAAGAAAAUGUAGACUACUAAAACAUUGAGUUGUUUUUCUGUCUAUAACCACAUUGUACAAAUGAAUCUGUUAAAAAUAACUAUUUUAAAUGUACUUUUUGCUUUUGUAAGCAUGAAAGAUUUAUAAAAAGAUCAUCCAAACUAUUUUUUUAUAAAAUGAGAGCUAUGGUUUUAAUUUAUUGAUUCCCCUAUCUCUCCCUUCCUUUUGGGGAAGCUAUUUUGAUUUCUUCUUAACUCUUGCCCUAGGUUUACACAUGAUUUUGUCACAAAUGCAUCAUGACACACAGACAACUAAUGAGGGGAUCAAGUUUGUGGUGUGUUUGUGAUUAUGGCUGAGUUGUAAAAAAUAAAAAUGUAAUGUCAUUCUUACUGUAGUUUUUUUUAAUUACCAUGAGAAGAAAAUGUAAACUUAUAAUUAAAUAAAAUUUAAAUGAGUAACACUAUAAAUCUCAAA